AUGUGGAAGAAAAGAGAAAUCCACAUUUUGGAUGUUUACAAGAACGACGAACUAGAAGCACUGGAGGAGCACAAAGUUGUGAAAUUGACCAACCCACAUUAUCCCAGAAAUGGCAACACGAUCUAUCAAGGCAACGAGUUUGAUGUUUUCGGCAAAGACGCUACAGAGGAGCAAUUUGCACCAUUGUACUCUAAAGAGCAAUUCACACCGAAGAACAAGGAAAAGAUGGACGACACCAAACGAGACAUUCUCUUGAGGACGGAACAAAAGCGAGGACAUAUAGAAGCCAUGUUGCAGCAUACAACCAUCAUAAAAAAGAGGAAAAUGUCACCGAUAGCAGCACCUCUCUCAAAUCAUGUCUUUAUCAAAUCAACAGCAGCCAUCAACACGCCCAUUGCAAGUAUAUUUGUCGAUCCCAAGCAAGAUCAUGAAGAUGAAGAUUUAGCCUACUAUUAA